AUGUUGAAGAAGAUGCGCGCUAUAUAUACUUUGUUCUUUAUGGCGUUGGUCAUGUUAAGUUUUGUCUAUGCAGCCGAGACAACUCAUUAUGAUCAAGCUGUUCUGUCUCGAUGGCAUUUAUUUGAUAACACUUUACAUUCAAAACAAGCCAAUGUCAAACAAGUACAACGCCAAUGGACCUUAUUUGCAGGAGCUUUACAACAUCAAUACCCAACAACCAAAUCUCAACUUGACCAAGUCAACCAAUUGACUCGCCACUACAAAACUGUCAGUCAAUGGCAAACAUUAGCCAACAACCUUCAAAUCAAAUUGGAUUUACCUGUAUCUCCCACUGUUUCGACCGAUGCAUCUCAUAAUAACCAAGCAACAUGGUAGAUUUUGAUAGAUUGUUAUAUUCCCCCCAUUUAUAAUGUUGUAUUUGAUCUUCAAUAAAUUCUGUAGUGUAUAUUAUUUGAUUUUCCUUCUUUGAAAACUUGGAUUCUAUGUAUUCCAUUUGUGUUACGUUCUAAAAAUAAAUUUCAGGUCCCA